GUGGUUACGAUUCUCCAUCCGGGACGGCUAUUAUCAUGGGUUAUCAUACGAGAAAAGUUUUAUUUGUCAGCGUGCGAAACAAAUAUUGUUGUAUUUGCGCACGCGCUAGUAAAUUAAAUGUUACGGUCCGCGAACACGAAUGUUACAAAAACUGGGGAACUAAUCAGAGUUCCACCAGUAUGGAAAGUGACAUCAUCCUCGAAGGCUUUCGUUGCAGCUUAGAAAUGUACGGAUUAAUAUAUUACAAAUAUAUUGGCGAUGGCGACAGUAAUGUUCUUAAAAAAUUAAGAGAUUUCCCACCGUACAAAAAUGUUGUUGCGGAGAAGAUUGAAUGCAUCAAUCAUCUUCUCCGCAACCUUUGUAAAAAAAUAGAGGAAAUUAGUAAGAGUGGUGGUCGAAGUCUCUUAAAAUUAAGAAAAAUUGUUGCGCAAAGUAGUAAAGCGUUUCGUAUAAAUAUUACAAGAGCUGCAACGUUUCGCCGUAACAGCGAUGCAACUUGGGAAAAUAAAAUUGCUGGUUUAAUUAAAGAUUUAAGUAAUAUUCCUAGCCACAUUUUUGGGGAACAUAAAGAUUGUUCCUCCCUUCCAUACUUUUCCAAUGAAGAAAUAAAAGAAGGCGAGGAAAAUCUUGUUCCCCAAUUACAAAUGGCAGGAUUAUAUGCAAAAAUAGAAUAUGCGAUGAAACGCAUUAUUGAUAACGCAGAAAGCGUAUUAUAUAAUUAUACCAGCAAUUCUGUAGAAAGUUGCAAUGCUGUUAUUGCUAAAAUGAUCGGUGGCAAACGUAUUAAUUUUGCUAAAAGAGGUUCUUACCAAACGCGUGUAAAAGCAUCAGUACUCCAUUAUAACACUUCGAAAGCGCUGAGUACUGCUUGCUGCACGAUUGGUAAAGUGCCUCCAAUUCGAGCAGUAGAGGUUGAAAAAAUGAAAAUGAGACAGCGCGCACGAUAUGCGCUGCGUGUUAAGACAGCGUUAGAAUUGGGUGCACCUGUUCGUAGAUCAAAAUAUGCGGCCAAAGCGUUUAGAGCCGAUAAAGAUUAUGGGCCAAACGCCGAACGGCCGGAUAUUGAUGAUAACAUGUACGAACAGUUGAAAGCCAAUUUUUACGAAACGCUAUUCAAUCAACAGCGUAAUAGAGACGUGUUAGAAUAUGUAACGCGGGGUCAGCAUGCAAACCCGCAGUGGCAUUAUACACGUCGAACGCUGUUGACUGCAUCAAAUUUUUCGAAAGUUUGUUGCAGAAGGGAUACCACGUCGUGCAAAAAUCUCAUAAAAAAUAUUCUUUACCCUCCUAAAUUAACGAGUCUUGCAAUUAAGUGGGGUAAAGAAAAAGAGAUUUUAGCACGACAAGAAUUGGAGGAGAUUCUGGGAAUCAAAAUCAAUGAGUGCGGAUUAUUCAUUGAUUCUGAAUUCCCAUAUUUUGGUGCGUCGCCUGAUGGCAUUGUUGGAGAGGAUACAAUUGUCGAAAUUAAAUGUCCUUAUGCAGCGCGACAAAUGUCUCCAACCGAUGCAAUAAUAAAUAAAGUUGGAGAAAUGUAUCGAAUUUUUAAUAAAAACGAUGACACCCGCAUGAAUGAAAAGGACGGGUAUUAUUAUCAAAUUCAAGGGCAAUUGCACAUUACGCAACGAAAAUAUUGUAUCUUCGCGAUAUGGACGCCUUUCGGAAUCAAGCACACAAUUGUUGAGCGUGAUGACACGUUUUGGCAAAUGAAAAUGUUAUCACCGCUGAAACAAUUCUAUGAGGAGUGCUUGGUUCCCGAACUAAUUGAUAGCAGAGCGGCAAGAAACAUGCCAAUUCGGGAGCCGCAAUUUUGUCUGAAUGUACAGCAAGCGACUAAAAAAAGGAAAUUGAACGAAUAAGCGCGAUAACUUGCAUUUCAAUUAUAUUGCGCUAGUUCGAUCAAUUUUCGAGUCGCUUGGGAAGAGGUGGUGGGCACAUUCUGCUUAUUACUGCAAUAUUUUUGUAACAUUGAUUUAAUCAUAUUUUUACAGUAAUAAGCAGAUAUAAAAAUAUACAGUACAAAAGUACGUAUAACAAUAUUAUACAGUACAUAAGUACGUAUAUAGCAAUAUACAGUACAAAAGUACGUACAACAAUGUACAGUACAUAAGUACGUACACUACCGCUCAAAAGUAUGUGGGCGCUUACAUUUUCUUGUUAUUUUCUUACAUUUUCUAGCUUUUGUAAUUUUUUAUACAUAUUAUAUGUUUUUAUUGUUAACCAAAAUUGUUCAUAAGUUUCAGUAUUAAUAUGAAGGUAAUGUAUUAUAAUAUUACUAAAUUAUCAAUUUAUUUAUUCAACUUUCUGAAAGAAAUAUAUGUGUUUUUUUGCGUUGCUUGCGUAGAGUUUGUGGGUCUUUUCUCUGACAGUUUGCAAUGACUGCAUCGCUGAAGUGAGGUCUGUUGCCUUCUCAAGACUAACGUAAACAUUUGUAAACAUGAUUAUAUAGCUAGGAUGCCACGACACGGAAAUGCAAAAAUUAAACCACGCGGUGGAUUUGUUAACAAAAGGAAAAUGUAAACAUAUUUCAGCACUAUCGGCAUCUAAAAAAAUUGAAGAAGUACGUACGUAUAGCAAUAUACAGUACAAAGAAUUUUUAAAAUUCAUGUUAUAUUUUCUUA